AUGUCGGUAGAUGAGAGUGGCUGUGGAGGAUCGCUGUCGUUGCCCGUUAAGGCAACAGAUGAGCCAGAGGGACGGUUCACGAGAAGGAGGGACAGUUCGGAGUGCUCAGGGUUCUCAGCAUGCAGUUGCAUUACACGGCGGGAUCUACCCCAACACACGCAGCCUCUGACACCAUCAGGUAAGUCUCAUCAGACAGAUCUGCAGUCAGGAAGUCUUAUCAUUGCGGUCUUGCCUAUCAUCUGUCGGUUCGUUUGGCUUUGCCGCAUGACGUUUGCUGUGUGUCACCUGCAGAUGACACACAGCAACAAAGGCCGCCCAUGAGUGCAAUGGCCCGCAUUCCUCGAGUUGUGUCGAAGCGGCUCCCCAGCCGGCGAUGGACGAAGGAGAAAUGGAGCCGGUUCGAGAAGGAGUCCAAGCCGGUGACAAUCGAGGGCAGUGCAGCGACAGGGAGGAGGCGGCUGGUGAAUGUUGGUGUAGACAUGGUGAUACGACGGAUCUACGGGGGAAUGCAAUGGAUCAGAAAGGACGGGUACGCUGCGCUACAAGUGCCAUGCGCCGGGCGGCGGAUCUUUGCAUGUGUCUUCGUGUGUGCUGUGCGUGCGUGGCAGGCCGUUGCUGAUUCACUAUGCGGCAGUAUAUCGUGACCACCAUGACCAACUGCGUGUGCUCAGCAUCAACCAACACACGCCUAAGUCAGAGAUGGACUGGUGGGCGCCACACCGCACAGCACAGCACGGUACACGGGGAUUCAUCCAACAUCAUGAUGCGCUGUGAAUGAGUGUCUGGUGUGUGCGUGUGUCUUUCUUGUCUUGUCAGGGUGCACCUGCACUUCCUCCGUGCCUGUUGUGACGGCAUCCUCACGACGGGCCAGAUUCUCAGAUCCGAGCCGUCACUCACAUUCGAGCACAAGCAGACCACAUACUUCCGGCGGCAGCUUAUGGCCGACAGGGAAGACAUCGUGGACAAGACACACGACGGUCCGCUGCAGGUGUACGUCUUGACAUCUGGUGACCACCUGCUGCGGGAUGGGCAGGCCGGCAGGAGUAAGGGGCGGCCGAUGCUCGAACACAAGACAAUCAAGGUGGGUGGGCUGAGUACGAGAUCUCACGUAUCCUCUGUGUGCGCAUGUUUUUUGUCGCUCUGGCUGUGUCUGUGUGUGUGCACUCAGCAUCGCUCGUCAUCGUGUCAGGUGAAUCUGCUGGUGCCGCCAGACAGCCUGCCGGCCGUGCGCAAGGCGCUCGAUGGCCGGCCCUGGGUGCAAGUGCUUCCGAUCUCAUCACCGCCGAGCAGGAGGGCAGCAUCGGCAUAUGCACGUCAGGCCGACAACAGCGGAGAGACUGACACCAUACCUGACAUACGUAAGUCAGCUGCAUGUUCUAUGAGGACCAUCCAUCGCUUGAUGUGCUCCACAUGUCUGUCCAUUCAGGCCAUCUCCCCUCCCUCAGCAGCCAUGCAGCCAUCCACUCGGCCAUUUCCCACCUGCAGCACAUCAAGAGCACCAGAGCCCCAGCCAACCGACGUCAGCCGGCAGCGGCACAAGACGCCACACCAGCCGACAGGGCAGAGGGCCCCUCAGUGCGUCUGGGCAUCGAGGCGGGUGCGUCGAUCAGCCGGUCGCUUCUGCUUCGCAAGGAGGUGGACGUCAUCUUCCUGACGGUGUAUGCGGGGCAGGUGCCGCAGAACUGCCAGGUGAGGUGCGCUUGAGUGGCGGGCCAAACGCACCAACGGGGGCGUGGGUGCGGUGCGGAUGGCUGUCAUCCCCAUGGCUUGUGGCUGCUAUGUGGUGUGCAGGGCAAUGUGCUUCUUUCUGCGGAUGAGCUACGGGCGCGGUACACGUGCUGGCGGGCAGCCACUGAGGUCAGAGAGAGAAGAGGAUACACACAUGUCUUUUGUCGGCAAAGUGCCAAGAUGGGUGUGUCUGUUUCAGGGUCACUGGACAGUGCUGUGCUUCCGACCAAGGCAAUGAAGUAUAGGGGAGAGUGCCAUGGCGUGUGCAGAUACUCAUUUGAACGUCUCGUGUGUAUGUUG